UAUGCGGUGCUUCGUGCACACGGCGUGCGUGGCGUUCAGUGUUCGCCCGCACCCACACGGCGCGCUCGUGUGCGGGCUGGCCAGAGAAAACGUCUACGUCAACACGCCAGGCGACGUCCCUGGGGCUUCGUACUUCGUCAGGAAACAGCUCUUGGAACCUUGGGCCAUCGACCGUCUGAUUUACCGCCGCCUGAGCGCAAAUGUCACGGGCUUCGCCGCCAGCAAGGCAGCCUGCGAGGCCAUCCCCGGCUUCCGCCUGAUUGCCGUCAUGUUCGAGGCCCAGAUGUCCAUCCUGCUGGAGUUGUGCCUCGGCAGGAAACCCAAGCCGGGGGAGACAAACUGUGGUGAUCCGAGCAGGUGGUUCUACGUUGACAUGGUCAAGAUCAACAACGUACCCAUGAUACGAGGGCAAAUACCUUUGGCUAAUACCGACAUCACAACCGUUCUUAUUAACGAACUUGAAGCUGCCUUCAUCUACGCACAUUCAGGGCAGAUUCACGAUGUGGACCCGAUAACAUUUGGACAUUUUCCCGUCUGCCAGGCCAACGUCUUUGGCGUCAACUGGUAGAUGUCGAGUAAUAUUCAAGUAAUAUAACUUUUCCCAUUUUCCCCAUUUCUCCCACAAAAAAUGUAUUAUGGUGUAAUGGUAAUUUUACUCAAUUACCCAUCAAUGCAAUUUGGCGUCCUUGUUAGUACUCAGGAUGUGCAACCUUGUGUGUAUGGUUAUUUCGAAUUUAUGCAUAUCGCAGAGUAGAUUUAUCGUUACUUUUUGGCCAAUUA